AUGCCAGUGUAUCCCAUCCGACGCCGGCCACGUGAGUGCAAGACAUGUCAUCAGUGUCGUGCGAGCAAGGUCCGCUGCGAUCGAAAUGUACCGUGCAGCAACUGCGUGAAGCGUGGGUUCAACUGCACUUACGGCCGUCCUCCGCCUGCGCCCCCAGUCGCAUCUAAACCAUCAACUGCUCCCCAAAGCUUCAUCUCCUCCACUGUCCCCAGCACUGUAGGCAGUGCAUCGCAAUUUCCACCUUCAUCGUCGUAUGCUACGGAUAGUCAAGAUGUUUACUACGCCGCCGAUUCCGGCCUGGAGGACCUUUCGGAAACUGUCUCGAUAUCUCACAUCAAGUGGGAGGAGAUAAACACCAAGAUGCGGGAUAUGGAACACCUCAUUUCCAGCUUGACAUCGAUCUUUCAAGCUCAUUCAAAGCAACCGCGAAAACUGACCGAACCUCGCUCAGACGUGUCGAGUUUUGCAAGGGAUCAGUCGCCGCCUGUGCAGGAGCGCCGUUACGGGUCCACAACUUUGAAAACGGGGUCGGUACAUAUAGGAUCACGUUCCGCAUUUGUUGAUAUUCUGGAUAAAACGAAGAGUUCAUCGGAUCCACCAAGAGAUGAUCUGAUCACAGAGCUGGCAAUGGGCAAUGAAACCGCUUCAUAUCCGUUCGUGGACCUCUGGUCCUCAGACCCAUUCACCUUCAAUAUCGGAGGUGUUUGCGAUGUGCUACCCCCUGACGAUCAAUGUUUAAAGUAA